GUCUGGCUCGAGGGGCGGGACUUUUCAUAGGAGACGUCAUAAGUGCGCGACUCUCGCUUCUACCUGGACAGCUAGGAAAAUGGUGGUGAUGGCGCGCAUCUCACGGCCCGAGCGGCCGGAUCUUGUCUUUGAGGAAGAGGACCUCCCCUACGAGGAGGAGAUCAUGCGGAACCAGUUCUCCGUCAAAUGCUGGCUGCGCUACAUCGAGUUCAAACAGGGCGCCCCGAAGCCCAGGCUGAACCAGCUGUACGAGCGGGCGCUCAAGCUGCUGCCCUGCAGAUGCCCCGUCUGUGGCUGGAUUACUGCCAGUUCCUGAUGGACCAGGGCCGCGUCACACACACCCGCCGCACCUUCGACCGCGCCCUCCGGGCCCUGCCCAUCACACAGCACUCUCGGAUCUGGCCCUUGUACCUGCGCUUCCUGCGCUCACACCCCCUGCCGGAGACCGCUGUGCGAGGCUACCGGCGCUUCCUCAAGCUGAGUCCUGAGAGCGCAGAAGAAUACAUUGAGUACCUCAAGUCGAGCGACCGGCUGGAUGAGGCCGCCCAGCGCCUGGCCACCGUGGUGAAUGAUGAGCGGUUCGUGUCCAAGGCGGGCAAGUCCAACUACCAGCUGUGGCACGAGCUGUGUGACCUCAUCUCCCAGAACCCAGACAAGGUGCAGUCCCUCAACGUGGACGCCAUCAUCCGCGGGGGCCUCACCCGCUUCACCGACCAGCUGGGCAAGCUCUGGUGCUCGCUGGCCGACUACUACAUCCGCAGCGGCCACUUCGAGAAGGCUCGGGACGUGUACGAGGAAGCCAUCCGGACCGUGAUGACCGUGCGCGACUUCACGCAGGUGUUCGACAGCUACGCCCAGUUCGAGGAGAGCAUGAUCGCUGCUAAGAUGGAGACGGCCUCUGAGCUGGGGCGCGAGGAGGAGGAUGACGUGGACCUGGAGCUGCGCCUGGCCCGCUUCGAGCAGCUCAUCAGCCGGCGGCCCCUGUUGCUGAAUAGCGUCCUGCUGCGCCAGAACCCGCACCACGUGCACGAGUGGCACAAACGCGUGGCCCUGCACCAGGGCCGCCCCCGGGAGAUCAUCAACACGUACACGGAGGCCGUGCAGACGGUGGACCCCUUCAAGGCCACAGGCAAGCCCCACACCCUGUGGGUCGCAUUUGCCAAGUUUUAUGAGGACAACGGGCAGCUGGAUGAUGCCCGCGUCAUCCUGGAGAAGGCCACCAAGGUGAACUUCAAGCAGGUGGACGACCUGGCGAGCGUGUGGUGCCAGUGCGGGGAGCUGGAGCUGCGGCACGAGAACUACGACGAGGCGCUGCGGCUGCUGCGGAAGGCGACGGCGCUGCCCGCCCGCCGGGCCGAGUACUUCGACGGCUCCGAGCCGGUGCAGAACCGCGUGUACAAGUCCCUGAAGGUGUGGUCGAUGCUUGCCGACCUGGAGGAGAGCCUCGGCACCUUCCAGGCGUACGAGCGCGGCAUCUCGCUGUUCAAGUGGCCCAACGUGUCAGACAUCUGGAGCACCUACCUGACCAAGUUCAUCGCCCGCUACGGCGGCCGCAAGCUGGAGCGGGCGCGGGACCUCUUCGAGCAGGCGCUGGACGGCUGCCCUCCCAAAUACGCCAAAACCCUGUACCUGCUGUACGCGCAGCUGGAGGAGGAGUGGGGCCUGGCCCGGCAUGCCAUGGCCGUGUACGAGCGCGCCACCCGCGCGGUGGAGCCCGCGCAGCAGUACGACAUGUUCAACAUCUACAUCAAGCGGGCGGCCGAGAUCUACGGCGUCACCCACACCCGCAGCAUCUACCAGAAGGCCAUCGAGGUGCUGUCGGACGAGCACGCGCGGGAGAUGUGCCUGCGGUUCGCGGACAUGGAGUGCAAGCUGGGGGAGAUUGACCGUGCACGCGCCAUCUACAGCUUCUGCUCCCAGAUCUGCGACCCGCGGACGACCGGCGCCUUCUGGCAGACCUGGAAGGAUUUCGAGGUGCGGCACGGCAAUGAGGACACCAUCCGGGAGAUGCUGCGCAUCCGCCGCAGCGUGCAGGCCACGUACAACACGCAGGUCAACUUCAUGGCCUCCCAGAUGCUCAAGGUGUCGGGCAGCGCCACGGGCACCGUGUCCGACCUGGCUCCGGGGCAGAGCGGCAUGGACGACAUGAAGCUGCUGGAGCAGCGGGCAGAGCAGCUGGCGGCCGAGGCGGAGCGGGACCAGCCCCCGCGGGCACAGAGCAAGAUCCUUUUUGUGAGGAGCAAUGCCUCUCGCGAGGAGCUGGCCGAGCUGGCCCAGCAAGCCAACCCAGAGGAGAUCCAGCUGGGCGAGGACGAAGACGAGGACGAGAUGGACCUGGAGCCCAACGAGGUGCGGCUGGAGCAGCAGAGUGUGCCGGCUGCAGUGUUUGGGAGCCUGAAAGAGGACUGACUGUCCUCCCCCUCCCUACCCUCACCCCUACCCCCACCCCCAAAUACAGCUUCAUUUGUACAA